AUGAUGAUCUCCGCUCUAAUCGCGCGCAUAAACUCGCCGCCGUCGGCGACCCUAACCCCGCCGGCUUCAGAGCUCUGCAGUCUAGAACACCAAACAGCGAUCCAGAUGCUCUACGACGCUUCCCCCAUCUUCAAACUCGGCCACGUGGCGGCCAACUUCGCGAUCCUCGACGCGGCAAGAGAUCACCCGAAGAUCCACAUCGUCGACUUUGAUCUGAGCCAAGGAGUCCAGUACGCUUCGUUGAUUAACGCCGUCUCCGAGAGAUCCCGUCACCGCUCGCUCACGCUGCUAGUGAACAUAACUGCCGUUUGCGACCCAACUAUGCCGUACAAUACUCCGAGCACGGUCAACAACCUGAAGAUCAUCGGCGACAAGAUCGUCACGCUGGCAAGCCGGUUCGGAGUCCCGGUCCGGUUCAGCGUUUUGAACCGGAGGGCGUCGGAGCUCGAGCGGGCGUCGCUCGGGUGCGAGGCCGGCGAGUGCUUGGCGGUGUAUCUGUCGUUCGCUCUGUCGAGGAUCGCCGACGAGAGCGCUUCCCCGGCGAACCCGCGGGACCAAUUGCUCCGGCGAGUGAAGUCUCUCGGACCCGACAUUGUCAAGCUCGUCGAGCAGGAGAUGAACGCCAACACCGCGCCGUUCGCGACCCGGUUCGGUGAAGCCUGCGGUCACUACGGCUCGGUCCUCGAUUCGCUCGACGCGACGAUGAGCCGGGACGAUCGGGGCCGGUUCAGGAUCGAGCGUGCGCUCGGUCGAAAGGCUAGCAACUCUGAGAAGGGACACACCUUUGUCUUGAAGGCAAGCUGCAGUGGCUAA